CUAGAAGCUCUGACAAUUCACCAAUCAAUAGCGUCGAGCAUGAAGGUCUAUCCGGAUGCCCAUGCGUAAUCCCCAUCACGCAAGCGCGUAUCUCACAUACCGGGCUCUCGUAAACCCAUCAACCUUCUCCCCAGAAAACUAAAACGUGCUGAGUAUAAGAGAUUCCGGUCUCCCCAAAACAGUAAGACACCGAGAGAGAGGGCCCCUGUUUUUCAACUAGGUUUUCUUGGCUUUCAGAUGUCGCUUGCUAAGAGGAAUAACGGCUGUUACGAGUGCUGCAAGAGACGGCUUAGGUGUGACAAGACAGAGCCGGAAUGUCUCAAGUGUCAGAAAAAAGGUAUCGCUUGCUCUGGGCAGGGCUUGAGGUGUAGGUACAGUAGCCACAUGGCUGUUGACUCCACACCUGGUGCUGGGAAGCCUUUGACGUUGACGUUUAUCUCGUCAUCGACGCCGGCGGAACCUCAGCCUGGGAAGAGUCUCAGAUGGGUUGACUCUGCGCAGAGGGCGAGAAAGGAGAGGGCGAGGAAGACCAAGGGACGGGCUCCUUCUGAUAGUCCGACCUCGUCGAAUCCUCCCGACUCGGCGUCUUCUGAUGAUGCUACGUCACCGUCGUCGGAUGACUCGGCUUCUGAAUUUGGUGGUGUUGUUGUGCCGUAUCGAUACGGUGUUACGAUACAUCCAGCACUGAAUGAAGCUUCGAAUGCCCAAACAAGGAGGCUGUUCAGUCAUUUUUCUGAGAUCAUCGCCGGACACAUGGUUGUACUAGAUUCAUUCUCCUUCAGCAACGGAUACAGAGACGUCAUUCUACCGCUCGCCCAUCAGGAUGAGAAUCUCGCACAAGCUGUAUCAGUCGUCUCGGCGUUUCACCUAGGACAAAGGGAUCCCAAGUUACAACGCAUCGCUGAAGCAGGUCACCAAGCUAUUGUCCAGAAGCUACGGCGGGACUCACUUCAACUUAGCCCCGAACAACUCUUCAACCCAUAUAUCCUUGCGACAAUCUUGGUGCUUUUGGUUGGUGAAACAAUCACUGGUGCCGACAACUACACAUACCUUUUGGAGAUGCUCAACUGCCUCACGCAAUAUCCAGACUGGAUAUCAAUGCUGCCACCGAGUCUGAAGGACUUUUUUCUUCAGCAGAUCAAGAUGUUCCAACUCUUUGGUGUCCCCCUAGCCAACGAAUCCAAAGGCCUCAAAGUCCUCACCGGCCCAGAAGCUUACCUCGACUUCAUGUCCUACCCCGAACUCCCCCCACAAUCUGAACACUUCACCAACAUCGAAACCAUCCGCUCCGCCAUCUUCGACGCCUGCAGCAUCUACCGUCGCCGCGCGGAAUCCUCCCUCAGCGACGACGAGUCCAUCCAUCUCGUCGAGCAACUGCGUCUCAAAGUCCUCAACCUCGACUGUUCCACAAAAGGAGCGCACGCUCUUGUGUGGACGUACUUUAUUGCCGCUGCGGAGAGCAUCCUUCCGGAGCAUAGGGAGUUCUUUGCGGGGAGGUUGGCAGAUUUGUAUAGCGUUACGAAUUUUGGAAGUAUUCCUGUUGCGGUUAAGGCGUUGGGGACGAUUUGGAGUAUGCAGGGGACGAGGAGGUGGACAGAGAUCGUUAGUAGUGAGACGCCGAUUCUUAUUAUGUAAGUUUGUAGGAAUAGUAUAUCAUAUCAUGGAUGAUAAAAGGUUAGGGUUAUAGGCGUUGGUGGAGGAUAGAUGGAAAAUUGAUUUUCUCCCCGUGUCUCGCGGUUUCACCUAGUCCUUAUCAGCAUAACUACGCUGUCAGUACGUAUUGUGCAGAGAGUGAAUAUUUCAUUUUAUUAAAUUAAUCUGCAGUUACUAGCUUAACCCCUGACUUAAACCAGGGGAAAGUAUAAGAACACAAGUCUUGCUUUGCUAUGGUGCCUCUACUGUUCCAGCUUUCUGACAUAUGCCACAGGGCCUUCAUAACGGUGGGUUCCUCGGAAUAAGUAGUAUCCCACGGAGAACACCGCGACAGCCCCAUAAAUGAGAAUGCUCCAGUUCAUCUCUGAUGGGGAUGGGUUAGGGUUUCCUGGCAUGAAAGCCAGGACGAAAAUUAUAAUGAGGAAGGCUUCGGAGACGAUGUUGACAGCAAGGCCCCAUCUUCCAAGACUGAACUUAGACUUGAGGAGAGGACUGUUCGUUGAUCGUCGCCAGAUCAUGCAUCCGAUUGAGACGAUGUAACUUGAGAGAAGGGAUGUUGUCGCCAAUGACGUGAUUGAGUUGAGGGCGACUGCUGAACCAAUGUUGAUAAGAGACAGGAGACUCGAGAUCAAAAAGGUCGUCAGGAUAGCGUUGAUAGGAACAUCCCAUCCUGUGGGGACCUUCGAAAACCAAGGGCUGAACGGAACAGCGUGAUCUCGUGCGAAAGCAAAGAGUUGGCGUGACGAUGUAGCUACCAUGGUGAGGUUGGAGAAACCAGUCAUGAUAACGAGGAAAGAUGCCAUAGCAGUAGCACUACUCGUCGACUGAGUUGAGUUCAGGAAUACUUGCAUAAAGGGAUAUCCUGUUGGCGAAGCUAUGACCUCCUCGAGAUUACCGAUGCAGAAACAGUAUGUGAUAACCAUGAUCCAGCCAAACGCACCGUUGAAAACAGUCGUUGAGAUCAUAGCCUUUGGUAGAGUGCGGCUUGCAUCGCGGAGUUCCUCAGACAUGUGCACAGCAGCAUCAGCACCAAGCAACGGCAACACACCUGCAAGAAUACCAACGAGCGUAGAACCGCCGAUACUUCCCCAACCACCACCGUCGGUGAACUCAGUAAACACAGCAGUAGCAUCAGCCCGCGGUGAGAGAACCCAAAGGGUAACCAAUAUGCCGAAGAACGCAAAGAUGUGAAUGACAAGAACUGUUGCUUCAAUCAACGGUAGCUUUCUAGCAAGGAGUGUGUUGAACACAACCGAGAAAGCAGCUACUGCGAUAGUAAGUAGUGUUCCAUGCCAUGGCUUAGGAACGUAAUCGGGAUAGUUCAACACUACGAGGCCUUGGAUUUGCGUUCCGGCGAUGAAAGCUGAUGAAGCGCAUGAUGUCUGCCAGCCGAGGACACACAUCCAGCCCAUGAGGUAGCUGAUGAGUUUCUGGUAUUUUGGUGGUGCGAAUUCGGAGACCCAGUGGUAUUGACCUCCUGUUGUAGGAGCCCUGUAGUUCUGUCAGUAAUUGGUGGUGAA